GUGUGUGUGUGUGUGUGUGUGUGUGUGUGUGUGUGUGUGUGAGAGAGAUAUAGUAAAGGCAUGAAUGGAAGACGGGAUGGAGACCUGAGUCAGAACUGUUCUUCAGGAUGAUGAAUGUAAACGAAAGACUCAGUCGUGACCUUGGAAGUGAUGAUGAAGAUGAUGAGGGUGAAACAUUUUGGCCAGAUACUUUUUUUGGCCACGGUUUAGCUGUACCACGUGACCCGGCCUCACGUCACAGCCGGAUGAUUCGGCUUGUUUUGGCAAAACUUUUUUCCCUAGAAAGAGUCGAGACCUGGUAUUUCACGAAGUUGUCUUGACGCAAACGAGGAAACAAAAGCGUGCAGUCGUUUCACACGCACACGUGACAUGUCGCAUCGACAGGAAGCAGUUUACGAAUGCGGCCGAUUCAACAAACAUAGGAAAAGAUUUGCAUAUGAGAGUUUGACUUGCUACAACGUUGAAUGAAAAACUCUCUCAUCAUCUUCCUCAUUCCGGGCUUUGGUUGACAUUAAAACGACGGUGAACUUUUUUUUUCUUCUUUUCAUUUUGGACCACAGUCUUCAUGGAAGUCCAGUAGUUCCUGUGUGUUUGGUCUCAAGAAGGAGGAAGUUGGAGGAACUUCAGAAGGCGUAAACUGCAUGGAGCUCGGAUUAUAUACUUUUACACUGGAACUCUCAAGAUGACUAUGAUUAAUUUUUUUAUGUUUUUCUUCAAGUAAUUUUUUUAAUCCGUGAACUGUUUCAGCACAAAUUUCCAUUCAUUGACUUUAUUUGCGUAUGGAAAUAAACUUCACAUGGAUUAACUCCUCAAAGCGUUUACAUGCUAUUUAAUUCAGAUUCAAUUAAUCCUUCAGGUUUAUUCUAAUCAACAUUAAUUAAACACAAUGGCACUAUGCCGACGCAGGACUCGCUCCAAGCUUCUCCAGCUUCUCGCGUUCUUCAUUUGCGCUUCACUCCUCGGAUACUUCAUCCUGCACCGAAACCCCGAUGUGAGCCACGAGAAUCGGCGAGGACUUUCACCAGACCUAAUCCCAGAGGAGGACUACGAGUUCCUGCGCAGACCCGUGUACGAGAAGCCGGCGCUGGAUGUGCGUGCGCUGGGCGAGCUGGGCCAAGCCGUCCGCCUGGACCUGAGCGGCGAGGAGAAGCGCAAAGAAGAAGAAAGUCUGCAGAAGCACCAGAUCAACAUUUACGUCAGCGACAGGAUCUCUCUCCACCGCAGAUUGCCUGAGAAGUGGAAUCCACUAUGCAAAGACCUGAAGUAUGACUACCGCAGCUUGCCCUCGACAUCAGUAGUGAUCGCCUUCUACAACGAAGCCUGGUCUACGUUAUUGCGCACGGUGCACAGUGUUCUGGAAACCUCACCUGAUAUUCUACUGAAGGAGGUCAUCCUUGUGGAUGACUACAGUGACCGAGAACAUCUAAAGCAGCCUCUGGAGAACUACAUAGCUGACCUGCGGAAGGUACGUCUGAUCCGAGCGAGGAAGAGAGAAGGGCUAGUUAGGGCUCGUCUUCUGGGUUCUUCCAUAGCCACAGGUGAUGUGCUGACUUUCCUGGACUGUCACUGUGAGUGUCAUGAGGGCUGGUUAGAGCCUCUACUACACAGAAUAAAGGAGGAACCCACUGCCGUCAUCUGUCCAGUAAUAGAUGUGAUCGACUGGAACACAUUCCAGUAUCUGGGCAACUCGGGCGAGCCUCAGAUUGGUGGCUUUGACUGGCGACUUGUUUUCACGUGGCAUUCUGUGCCCGAAUACGAGCAGAACCGCAGACGCUCCCCUACGGAUGUCAUCAGAUCUCCGACCAUGGCUGGGGGUCUUUUUGCCGUCAGCAAGAAGUACUUUCAUUACCUGGGUACAUACGACACAGGGAUGGAGGUGUGGGGAGGAGAAAACCUAGAGUUCUCAUUCAGGAUCUGGCAGUGUGGAGGGAGUUUAGAGGUCCAUCCCUGUUCCCAUGUUGGCCAUGUCUUUCCUAAAAAGGCUCCCUAUUCUCGGAGCAAAGCUCUGGCCAACAGUGUGCGGGCCGCAGAAGUCUGGAUGGACAACUACAAGGAGCUGUACUACCACAGAAACCCCCACGCUCGCCUGGAGGCCUAUGGCGAUGUGACCGAGAGGAAGAAACUUAGAAUGCGUCUUGGCUGUAAGGACUUCAAAUGGUUCCUAGAGAACGUCUAUCCAGACAUCCAUGUCCCACAAGAUCAACCUGGCAUGUUUGGAAUGCUAAAGAAUCGAGGAAUGAUUAACUAUUGCUUCGACUACAAUCCUCCCAGUGACCAUAACGUGGCGGGCAACAGGAUCAUUUUGUAUCAGUGCCACGGGAUGGGCCAAAACCAGUUUUUCGAGUACUCUUCCGACAAUGAGAUCCGCUACAACACGAGAGAGCCCGCAGGCUGUGCCGUAGCCGAUCCCAUCUCCACCUUCCUCAGCAUCAAUCUGUGCCGAAAGCCCCAGCAAACUGUCCCUGAGGACCAGAAGUUUAUUCUCAGAGAGGAUGGAACCUUGUACCACGUCCAGACUCAGAAGUGUGUUGAGGCCGUGCAGAAGGUAGACAAUGACAGUCCCGGUCCUGCUCUGCGUCCGUGUACCAGUUCAGCCCACCAGCAGUGGUUCUUCCAGGAGAGGACAUAAAUUUAAUACAAAAGUCUUACAGCACUUUAUGUACAGCUCCAGCACUCGAACAGGAGUCAGACAGAUCUACAAGACUUUCUUCUGUAUCUUCAUCUUAAUCGAUUUUUGGAAUUGAACUUGAUUUUUAAUUUAUUUUCAAAAAAAAAAUCUUUUCAGCUGCUGCCGCUUUGGUGGAUUUGGAUCGAUUUCAGUAGACAUUUGCAUUUAUGGCAUUUAUUGGACGCCCUUAUACAGAGUGACCUACAUUUUCUUCUCAUUCAUAAAACUAAGCAGCUAUGUGUUUACGGGCUUUGCUCAGGGGCCCGGGUGUGGCUGGGAUUUAAACUCAUGAUCCCUGGAGUUCACUGCCUCAUCCAGCUUGUUUUUUUUUAUCUCUCAUUUUGGAUGAGAUCUGAAUUUGAAUCAGUGAUUAUUUUUUUUAUUUGGUGCAAUUAAUCUUAUUUUUCACUAAACCAAAUUCUCUCUGAUUCACAUGCAAUAUGUUCAACACAGAGCCUGGGACAAUUCAAGCUUUCAGAGUAAUCAGCUGAUCCACUGCCCCACGGCUCCACGGUCGCCGGUUUGAUCCUGAACUUAUUUCUUUGCUGUAUUCAUGUGGGUUUCCUUUGGGUUUUUCAGUUUCCUUACACCUCCUAAAAUCCAGCUGUCGGAUUCGCUAUGCAAAAUUAUAAUUCAGUGUGCAAAUGUGCUUGUAUGGGUUUUUUUUUUUUUUUUUUUUUAUUAAUUUUUUUAUGCCAUUUGGCAGACGCUCUUAUCCAGAGCGACAUACAGUCUCAAAUCUGUUAUACAGUACAGCUAAGCAAUUGAGGGUUAAGGGCCUUGCUUGAGGGUCCAUCAUUGUCAAGCUUGGUUGUUCUGGGAUUUGAACUCACGAUUCAAACCUUAACAUGAUCCAAUAAACUGGUGUCUUGCCCAGGGUUUCUGAGCUCGGCUUGCGCUUGUUUCUAACAUACUGGACGUUGUGGCAUUUCUACCUGUUUAGCUUUAAAUCUGAAUACAGAUAUAAAUAUUUGCAGAUAAUGACCUUGUUAUAUGAUCCUAUACCAGAUCUAUGACCCUGGAAACAAAAUAGGAUCACUCCUGGCUACUCAAUGUUUAGUGACGUUACUGUAGACAGUGUCGAAAAGUCACAUUGGAGGCCAAUUCAUCACAUCGUCUGGCUGCAGUGGUGGUUACAUCACCGCUGCACUGCACAUUACCAACCACUUGAUGGUGCCAAAUCCUCCAUGUUCUCUCGAUUACUAAUGGACGCUGGCUUAAUUAAACACCUCAGAUUUCUGUAGUUCAGAUCGAGGGCUUUAGGACAGGGGUCGGUCCAGCUUUUCCACAAAGGGCAAAGAUUGUGGACAAGAUUGGACACACCUGCUUUAGGAGGACACUGUGAACGUGGUUGAAGUAAUGAAGGAACAUGGUAAUCCAAGUGCACUGUAUACACAUUUGGAUGGAUUAAUACAGAUUAACACAAUGAUAUUUGGUGUGGGAGUGUAUAGAUAGAAACCUGUGUUUAGGCUCCUGUGCAAAACAAUCAGAUAUGCGUUAAUAAAUGAGCAAUAAGAGUCAGCGAUCUUAUACCUUCAAAAACCCUUUUCUUUUAUUUUUGUUCUCUUUUAUACAUUACUUCCCCAUUUAUUAAACUAGUUAUGAAGAGAUUUUAAUUGGUCUGAGAUGUAAAAAGUCUCAGCAUGUGCAUAAUGUGCAUUAAAUUGCUAAGGUAUACACAUUAUGUGUAAAUAUAUUCAGGAAGUGUUUGUUUAUUCAGCCCAGCCAGUGACCUUUGAGAUACUCCACAGAUGUCCAUAAAACGUCCACGGAUAAACAGGUGGUUGUUAGACCGUUUAGCUGUGGAUUUACACCGGAGCUCCGAGAGACCUUGUGCCAUUGAUCAAAUCUCAAAUCCUUAUAUACGGAUGAACAGAUGUUUGAGAAGAAAUCCAGUCUUCUGGACAGCUGCGUCCCAAAAAAAAAAAAAUAAUGAAUUGUAUUAUUUUAACAUGUUCAAAGUGUCUCAUGCUGAAGUAGCUGUUGAAGUAGUUCUAAACAAAUAUAGCAGAUUUUUUUAUUCGCUUUUGAUAUUGAUUUCAUUACAUAAUGGGGAAGCAUGAGGAAGAGAAAAGCCGUGGCAUCAUCAUUCAGGUUUCUAACAUUUUCUUGAUUUUAACCUUUCAAUGGAGUUUGGAUUUGGGAUGGUAAAAAUUGUUUUUCUUGUUUGUUUUUUUUGUAUCCUCUAUGUCGGUUCAUCAUUAUGUUGGUCUACAUGAAGGAGAACAUGUUCUGUCUAUCAGGGCUUUUUUAACAUGAAAAAGAAAUUAUUUGAAAAUAAAAAAAUCCUCUGGAAAUUCUGAA